AUGCACCCGCGACCCCCGCACGGCGAGCACGCCGCCGCUCACCCUCAACUCGACUCGAUGGUCGACCGCGCUGCUCACCCGCCUCAACACACCCCCCCGCUGCAGCUCAAGCGACUCAAGCUGCUCGACCAGCUCCUUGCCCUCUGGAUCCUCCUCGCCAUGGCACUCGGCAUCAUCCUCGGCGCACUCGUGCCCAGCACCUCGGUCGUCCUCGAAAAGGUCCAGUUCGUCGGCGUGUCCCUCCCCAUCGCCAUCGCCUUGAUCGUCAUGAUGUGGCCCAUCCUCUGCCGCGUCUCGCCAGGCUCGCUCAUCCCGCUCUUCCGCCAACGACAGCUCUGGCAACACCUCGCCUUUUCCGUCGUCGUCAACUGGAUCGUCUCGCCCCUCCUCAUGCUUGGACUCGCUUGGGCGUUCCUGCCGGACAAGGAGGACCUCAGGGAGGGGCUGAUCGUCGUGGGCGUCGCGAGGUGUAUCGCCAUGGUCCUGGUCUGGACUGACAUUGCCGGAGGAGACCUUGACUACUGCGCGAUCCUCGUCGCCUUCAACUCGAUCCUCCAGAUGGUCCUCUUCUCGCCCGUCUCGAUCCUCUUCCUCCGCGUCUUCCGCACCCAACCUCUCGGCGACGUCGAAGCAGCAAGCGUGUCCUACUCGACUGUCGCAAAGAGCGUCGCCGUCUUCCUCGGCAUCCCUCUCGCCGCCGCCAUCCUCACGCGCUCCUUCUUCUUCGCGAUCCGGAGGCAAAAGUUCUUCCAAGAGCGCUUCCUCCCCGCCAUCGCCCCCCUCUCACUCAUCUCGCUCCUCUUCACAACCAUCAUCAUCUUCGCCGCGCAAGGCAAACAAGUCGUCCACUCGAUCACCGACGUCCUACGCGUCAUCCCGCCUCUCAUCAUCUACUUCUUCACAACUUUUGCGGCAGUCGUCUUCCUCCUCCGACAAUUCCACGUGCCGUACCCACGCACAGCGACACAGGCUUUCACGGCGAGCAGUAACAACUUUGAGCUCGCUCAGGCUGUGUGUAUCGCGACGUACGGGGCACAGUCGCCUCAAGCGCUCGCAGCGACCGUUGGACCGCUCGUCGAAGUCCCAGUCCUCCUCUCGCUCGC